AGAGUAGAGAGUUUAGAGUACCAAAACUAAGAUCCCCCAAUUUAACCAUGGCAAGUCGUAAUGGAGAACAGCCUGCUUUCUCUGUGUUUUCUCAAAACUUGGUACCAUUGAGAUUUUUCUUGCAAAGCAACGAUGGGCAUGUGAUAGAGAUUGAGGAGAGCAUUGGUAUGCAGUUUGACGCUAUAAAGCGGCUAGUACAAGGAGGUCAGAUCACAUUAACUUAUGACUGUCGACGGGUGGUAGCUCUGAAUUCAAGUAGAUUCAUUCUGGAUAUCGUCAUCCAGUACACCAGAAACUAUGCCCAGUUACAGGAUAGGAUUAAAAGGAUUGGCUGUGGCUAUAUCACCCUUAUAAGGGCUAGGAAUGAACGCGAUUUAGAUUUCAUAAAAUGGGUGACUGACAAAAGAACCUUUGGUCUCAAUAAGCCCCAAUCUGUCCAGAUGCUUGGGGAAGUUGCAGCUGCAGCAGGCGAUUUGGGAAUGCAGCGUUUACUGGAUGUGAGUUGCGGAGCUCUGUCUAUGCUCAUACAAGACUACACCGAGGAAGAUAUCUAUGCUCUGCUGGGAGUCAGAAUAAAGAAAACUGGUCCCAAGAUGGAAGCUGAUACCAUUGCUGAACAUAUUGGCCAUGCUCGUGAUCUCCAACGCAUGAGUUACGGUAGCCAUCCAAAUUACAUGGGGGGAGCUACACAUCCUGCAACUCCUUUAAUGCCUCAUAUGGGAACAAAUGUUAUGCAAAGCCAACCAAAUCACAUGGGAGGAGUUGCACAUCCUCAGAUGGGGACGAACAGUUUGCAAAAUCCUGGAGGGUCGUUUUACUGGGUGGGUGAUCAGGGAGUCGUCAUGGAAGGAGUGAAUCUUCAACGGAGGAUUCCAGAAAAUGGCACCAAGAAUGUCAAUUUCAGUAAAACUCCAGAAUAUUUUUCGAAUGUUAACCAACUUUCGCUGACUUUUGGUCAGCUCAAUCUUGGGCGUGAUGGGGAUCCUCUUUUCACAGACAUGGAAAUGCUCAGGAUGAUCAGCUGAUCCAUGGGCGGAAGAAUUAUUACCCUCAUAAUAAUUAGGAGUUGUUUGAAUGGAUUUGUUAUUGUUGGCUCUUGUCGACAGAAUUUAUCAAAUAAAUUUCAGUGUCAACUUUUAUUUCCUUUGUCCAACUGAGUUGAUAUUUUAUGAAAA